ACAAAAUGGGAAGCUGAAUAAGAAAAGGAAGGAUCAGGAUGAUGAAGAAGAUGAGGAGCAAGAUAAUGGCCAUGACAAUGAGGAUCCUUCGGCCCAGAAGAAGCCUCGUGUUGUUUGGUCUGUGGAGCUUCACCGCAAGUUUGUUGCUGCUGUUAAUCAGUUAGGCAUUGACAAGGCUGUACCUAAGAAGAUUCUUGAUUUGAUGAAUGUUGAAAAACUGACGCGGGAGAAUGUGGCGAGCCAUCUCCAGAAAUAUAGGCUUUAUCUGAAACGAAUCAGCUGUGUAGCGAACCAACAGGCGAAUAUGGUGGCGGCCCUAGGGAGUGCAGAUCCAUCCUACUUGAGAAUGGGUUCUCUGAGUGGGGUUGGACAUUUGCAAGCAUUGAGUGGCUCGGGACAGUUUCCUAACAAUGCUUUCAGGUCCUUUCCGCCAAAUGGGAUGGUUACCAGAUUGAACACUCCUGCUGGAUUGAAUGUGCAUGGAUUCCCUUCUUCAGGAGCAUUUCACUUGGGUCAAUCACAGAAUCUAAACAGCUCAACUGUUGAACAGCUGAAGUAUCGGUCAUCCAUUGUUCCUGUUAAUCAGAAUGGUGUUCAUGGAAUGCAGGUGCCUAUGGGGCUUGAUCCAUUGCAACACAAUAAGGGUGUUAUUCCUGUUCAGAACUUGACCACUGGUAUUGAUGCUAAAACAAAUUUUCCUGUCUCAAAUAAACUCCCGGAUCCACAAUCAAGAGUAGCAUCCGGCGCGCAUCCCCCGCUUCUUGGUAGCUCAAGCAAUGCCUUGAUGUUGGAAGCACGGCCACAAGACACACAAGGGGUUUUAGAAUACGAAAACUUAUCUUCUUCCGUACCUUCCCAACAUUCAGAACUCCCGUUCUCUUUGCUGGAUCAAGGUAGAUACAGUGAUAAUUGGUCUAGUGCUGUGCAAUCAUCUGGGAUCCAGACUGGUUCUUACCCUUCAAGCGAAAGUUUUAGACAGACGGCAAUACCUGCUACAGAUAACAUGGCUUCAUUACCCUUGCAAGAAGGGAAUCUGAGUGUUUCUUCAUCCAUCUCCUUGCUGCCUAACCAGUCCUACAAUUCGUUGAUAGAUACACACUCCCAAGCUGUGAUUUUAGCUAAUAGAACUGGUCAUGUAAGCAAUAGUGAUGCACCAUUUCAAGGUUGGGAUGAUCGCAAUGAAGAUGCUAGCUACCAUUCAAAUGCUGUUUGUAACACAAUAAACACUGUGGCCCCAGGUUCGAGUUCUGUUGGUCACACAACAAUAAACUCAACCUUACACAGAAACUUGGAGUUUAAUUAUGGUGAUAGCUUGCAAAUGAAGCACGAUGCGAUGACAAAGUUAGCGAAAGAGACCUCAUUGAAACCGCAUCAGGGGAAUAUCAUGAACCCGCAGAAGUCUCAGCAGGGUAACUUCUCUAAUAAUGUUGGUUCCCUGGAAGACUUGGUCAGUUCAAUGAUGAAACAGGUAACAACAUCUAUGCAUUAUAGUGAAGAUUGAAGGAUCCCUAUAGAAGUUUGCUUUUGGAGCAAGAUGAGAUGAAAAUAUUGGAUGGAGGCUUCAUUUGUGAUAAUUAUUCUGGUGGCAUAUCAAUGUGAGAGCAAGUUUGACAAGUACAUAUAUAUGCCAUUCUUGUUAGUGAAUUUCGUAUUGUGACGGGGUUAUCGGUCAUCAUGUUUAAACAGUUUUGUCUUUGUAUCUUUCUUUCCGUAGGCUGUAACUUGUCUUAGGUUUCUUUCUUUUUGUUAAGGGCUUUCUGUUGUCGUUGUCCAUUCCCGACAAUAUGCCUUAAUGGAGUCGGUCAUGUCGUUGAAAAUUUCCUAGAAGAUUUGUUAUUGGUCCAUAAAUAAGAAUAAGAUGAUGAUUACAAUUAAA